AUGAAGAAUUUUGGAUAUACACAGAGUAAUUCAGAUCACAUCAUAUUCGUAAAGCGUGAUGGAAGAAGACUUACUGCAUUGAUUGUUUAUGUAGAUGAUAUAGUCGAAACUGAAAACGACACUGGAGAGCAAUUGAAGCUGCAAAAGUAUUUGUCUCAAGAAUUUGAGAUGAAGGAUUUAGGUUAUCUGAAGUACUUUCUCGGUAUUGAGGUAGCAAGGUCAAAAAAUGGUAUAUUUCUAUCUCAAAUGAAGUAUGUAAUGGAUCUACUCACUGAAACAGGAAUGCUUGAGUGUAAGCUGGCUGACACACCUGUUGAUAUUACAUAUGCUGUGAAUGUGGUUAGUCAGUUUAUGCAUCCACCCAGUGUUUUUCAUAGGAAUGCAGUUGAUCAAAUUUUAAGAUACUUAAAGUCAACUCCUAGGAAAUGA